UUGUGUCCUGCUCACUUUUACACGACCCCUGGGCUGACAUUUUCAGCAGCUCUUAAAAUGACUAAGGUAGAAUUGGAGCUUCUUACGGAUAUUGACAUGCUAAUGUUUAUUGAAGCAGGCAUUCGGGGAGGAAUAAGCCAGUGUUCUAAUCGGUAUGCUAAAGCCAACAAUCCGUACAUGGGUUCUUCAUACGAUGAGAAAGAGAAAACAAAGACACUCUUAUAUUAUGAUAUUAAUAACCUUUAUGGCUGGGCAAUGGUGCAGCAUUUACCGGUUGGAAAAUUUAAAUGGAUUAAAUAUGAGACAAAUCCAUAUUUUUUCAAUGCAGCACCAGAUUCUGAUACGGGUUACUUUGCUGAAGUGGAUUUGGAAUAUCCUGAAGAGAUACAUGAUGAACAUCAAGAUUUCCCUUUUUGUGCAGAACACCGUGCACCACCAGACUCACAGCAGAAGAAACUUCUCACUACUCUGGAUGACAAAACAAGGUAUGUCAUUCAUUAUCGAGCACUUAAACAGGCGUUAGAUAAUGGACUCCGAUUGAAAAAGGUGCACAGGAUUCUGAGUUUUGAUCAGAAGGCCUGGCUCAAAACAUAUGUUGAACUUAAUACAGAGAAGAGAAAGCAGGCCAAAAAUGAGUUCGAAAAACUCUUCUAUAAAUUAUUAAUCAACGCUGUCUAUGGUAAGUGCAUCGAACGAGAGCGGUUUCGUGUAGACGUACGUUUAGUAAAUAAAUUCACGGGUAGAUAUGGAGCAGAAGCACGCAUAGCUCUUCCGAAUUUUCAUAGUUGCGCUAUCUUUGAUGAAAAUUUGGUAGCCAUUCAGCUGAAAAGGACAAGUAUCACAAUCAAGAAACCAAUCUAUGUCGGUCUUUGUAUCCUUGAUUUGUCUAAGACAUUAGUUUACGAUUUCCACUACUCAUACAUGAAACAGCGAGUAGGAGAAAAAUGUAAACUUCUCUAUACGGAUACUGAUAGCUUAAUAUACGAAGUUGAAGAUAUUGAUAUGUACAAAAUUAUGAAAGAAGACAUCCACAGGUUUGAUACUUCUGAUUAUGAUGAAAAUAAACAGUUUGGAAUUCCACGAGUUAAUAAAAAAGUUCUUGGAUUGAUGAAAAACGAAUGCUGUGGCAAGAUGAUGACUGAAUUCAUAGGUUUACGAAGUAAAAUGUAUAGUAUUUUAGUUGAUGGAAGCGAGACAAUAAAAAAAGCCAAAGGUAUAAAAUCCAGUGUUGUGAAGAAAUCAAAAUACUUUUGAGGAUUAUCGAAGAUUCCUAGAGGAUCUUGUUAUUAUAAAACGCGAGCAGUGCAACAUUCGUUCAAAAUUGCACAUAGUGCAUACUGAAAAACAGAAUAAAAUAGCCUUAAGUCCUCAUGAUAAUAAAAGAUACUUAUUACCCCAUAGUACAGACACUUUGCCUUGGGGUCAUUAUAGAAUGAUUGAGGAACAGAUGGCGCAAGCAGCAUUUCAAGUAGAGGGGGAUGCAGAACAAGAUAAAAGAGAGGUGGAGAUGGAAGCAGAGAAGGGGAAUGAAGAAACCAAUGAAAAUAUUGUGGUGGGGAAUGGGCUAUAUCAACAGACGCAGCACGAGGGAGAGCACAUUCGAGCAAUCGAAGCAAACGAGAACAACCAACCUCGUGAAAAGAGACCAAGACUCACCUAACCCUAUAAUAAAAUGGAUCUAUCUGCACUCAAUAAGAUUACUGAGCAAGAGUUCUUGCCAAGGAAAAAGGCGACAGACUUGGAAAAAAAUCAACAGUACAUGGUGACAGCACUGAAACAAGUCAAGACAAGAUUCGGUAUGAAGAUUGUUGCCGAACUUGAUAGCAGCUUUCAAGUCUUCUUGCCAGAGAAGAUUUCAUCGGCAAUUAUAAAAGAUGAAGCGUUCUUUAACUCACUCUGCGGCACUGCAAACAAUCUCUGUUUAUUUUUAAAAUAUCAGGGUGGAAUUUCUUUCAAGUUUGAAAGUAGCACUCAAUAAAUAGUAUACAAAAUUGUUUUUUUACAAAAGAA